UGACUGGUUGUGGCCGCGUUACCGACCUCGAGCAAUAGUCGGCUUCUUCGUAUAGAAUACGGGAGUAGGAGGUUCAUAGUCGAAUCUCUUCUCUUUUUUCCCCUCCUGUGAGAUUUUUUUGAUCUUCAGCUACAUUUUUGGCUGUGUGAAGAACUUUAUCAGCGAAGAUGGCCAGCAAUGUUACCAACAAGACAGAUCCCCGCUCCAUGAACUCCCGUGUAUUUAUUGGAAACUUGAACACUCUUGUGGUGAAGAAAUCUGAUGUAGAGGCAAUCUUCUCGAAGUAUGGCAAAAUCGUGGGCUGCUCUGUUCAUAAAGGCUUUGCCUUUGUUCAGUAUGUUAAUGAGAGAAAUGCCCGGGCUGCUGUAGCAGGAGAGGAUGGCAGAAUGAUUGCUGGCCAGGUUUUAGAUAUUAAUCUGGCUGCAGAGCCAAAAGUGAACCGAGGAAAAGCAGGUGUGAAACGAUCUGCAGCGGAGAUGUACGGCUCCUCUUUUGAUUUGGACUAUGACUUUCAACGUGAUUAUUAUGACAGGAUGUACAGCUACCCAGCACGUGUUCCUCCUCCUCCUCCUAUUGCUCGGGCUGUUGUGCCCUCAAAACGCCAGCGUGUAUCAGGAAACACUUCACGAAGGGGCAAGAGUGGCUUCAAUUCUAAGAGUGGACAGCGAGGAUCUUCAUCAAAAUCAUCGAAGACAUUGGUAAAAUUAACAGUCUACAAAGCCAUGAAAGAAGCAUCCUUUCCCUCUCAGGCUUGUAGUCGUCCAUAG